GGGCGCCUCAUCUGUGCUCGUGUUAGCCCGUGAAUUGCGAUGAUGCAACCAGCGAGGGCGGGUUGGAGAAGAGGGGAAGAGGGGCAACCCCAACUCGACGGCACCACCGAAGCCGGAGGCCCACAAGGAGGGGCAGGGUCAGCAGGGCUAGCAGAGGGAGCUCUUCGACGACAACGCCUUCCAUAUUCCAAAUCUUCAAAAGAGACAUCUCCAUCAAGCUUUCUCCCUCGCGCCUGAAUAAUUGAGCCUCCACUGCCUCUUGGUUCCCCCCGACAGUGCUAUACGAUCCUCUAGCCCGACCGAGUUUAUCCACCAAUCAGCGCGCCGCCAUGUCCAGCGAUCCGAAGUACGACGAGCUCCACAAGCAGCUCUUUGAGGAGGGUCUGAAGAUGCGACGCAGCGUUGUGGGGAACGAAUAUGUUGACCGCGCGCUCGACAAUGGCUCGUCGGAGUUCGCGCGGGCGGGACAAGAGCUGGUGACGGAGUGGUGCUGGGGCUACGCGUGGACGCGGCCGGGCCUCACAAAGCAGCAGCGCAGCCUGCUCAACAUCGGCAUGCUCAUGGCCCUCAACCGCGCGCCCGAGCUCGCGGUGCACAUCCGCGGCGCGCGCAACAACGGGCUCUCGGAGCUCGAGAUCCGCGAGGCGAUCAUCCACGCGACGACGUACUGCGGCGUGCCGGCGGGCGUCGACGCCAUGAAGACGGCGGAGAAGGUGCUCAACGACAUGGCGGAGAAGGGCGAGAUGGCGCGCGAGAUGGGCAACAGGAGCGACCGAGCGUAG